GACAGGCCCCGCGCGCUUCCGCGCCAGCUUCAGCCUCAGCUCAAGAGCUCAGGCGGAUGGAGAGUGGCGACGAGUCCGCCAUGGAAAAACAGCGAGUCCACGUGCGCCCCGCCACGCUGCACGACUCCUCCCCGGCCACGCUGCAUCUUCUUCCCUGUGAGGUCCUGGCGAACCGGUUCGCCCCCGUAGGGCGUUUCUUCACGCCUGCCAUCCGCCAAGGCGCAGACGGCCUCCACGUAUCGUUUCGGGGGCGCAGUCUGCGGGGCGAGGAGGUGUCUGUGCCGCCCGGCCUCACAGGAUACGUGAUGGUGACCGAGAAGAGAGAGGGACUGAUAGGGAAGCAGGACUUCAGAGGCUCUGAGAACAAUGGCGAAGAAGCGCAGGAGCCGCUGGAGCGGGGUUUCGACCAGUUUAUUGGAGCCACCGGCAGCUUCAGCUGCUUCACUGUGUGGGGCCUAGAAACUGUCCCUGGCCCGGAGGCUAAAGUGUGGGGGGCUCUAACUUGGCCCACCCUUGCUGCAGCGGUAUGUGGGCCACCAGCUGUCCACAGCAGAGGUGACUCCUGUUGCAGAUUCACGCACAGGUGCCCGAGGACUGAGAACCAGAGAGCUUCGAGUUGAAAACUCGAUCAUUCAACACCAGUAACCAGCUCUGCACUUUGGAGCCACUGAUUCCAUCAGCCUAAUAAAUGAGCUUAUCACAGCA